AUGGAGGUACCAAUCGUCAUCGAAAGAGGUGCUGCGAGACCCCCUCCUGUCAACAGCGAUUACUUGCCACUGCCCUGGAGAGGACGUCUGGGGUAUGCGUGCCUCAACACCUACCUUCGUUCUGCAAAGACGCCAAUCUUCAGCUCUCGAACCUGCAGAAUGGCCAGCAUCAUUGAGCAUCGACACCCACUCAGGGAUCCCUCUCAGCCCGAGCAUCCUGUCAAAAACCGACCUGACAAAUCCAAGAAGGCUCGCAAGGAGCUUGGGGACAAGUUUGUCCAGGACCUUGGCUUGGCAAACGCCCGCGAUAUCAUCAAAAUGCUAAAGUGGAACGACAAGUAUGGCAUCAAGUUUCUACGACUUAGCUCUGAGAUGUUCCCCUUCGCCAGUCACCUACAACAUGGCUACAGGCUGGCACCUUUCGCUUCAGAGCUCCUUGCAGAAGUUGGCAAGGUUGCGGCAGAACUGGGACAUCGGCUUACUACACAUCCAGGCCAGUUUACCCAGCUUGGGUCUCCGCGAAAGGAGGUAAUCGACGCGGCCAUCAGAGAUUUGGAAUACCACGACGAGAUGUUGACUCUUCUCCGACUUCCCGAACAGCAGGACCGCGAUGCGGUGAUGAUUCUCCAUAUGGGUGGUGUGUAUGGAGACAAAGCCGCCACGUUGGACAGAUUCCGCAAAAACUAUGCCACACUCUCUCCUUCAAUUAAGGCUAGACUAGUUUUGGAGAAUGACGACGUGAGCUGGAGUGUUCACGACCUGCUGCCCAUUUGCGAAGAGCUCAACAUUCCUCUGGUGCUGGAUUACCAUCAUCACAACAUCGUCUUCGACAGCACCCAGUGUCGAGAGGGGACAUUCGACAUCAGCCAGCCAGAACUCCAGGAACGUAUCGCCGCAACAUGGAAAUGCAAGGGUAUCACUCAGAAGAUGCACUACAGCGAGCCCUGUCCCGGAGCCGUGACCCCUCGCGACAGGAGAAAGCAUAGCCCACGAGUGGCCACAUUACCGCCCUGUCCUCCUGACAUGGACCUGAUGAUCGAGGCCAAGGACAAGGAGCAAGCUGUUUUUGAGCUCAUGCGCAACUUCAAGCUACCCGGAUUCGAGAAGAUCAACGACAUGGUGCCCUACGAACGUGAUGAUGAACCACGGCUACCUGUCCAACUUUCUAGGAAGAAGCAGAAGGCUGCUGCACACUUCAAGAGAAAACGAGCUGUUUCGGACAGUAUCAGUGAUCACAACGGCGCAAGCGCGGGUGGUGAUGAGCAAUGCCAACAAGUUCCUGGCAAGGAGGUCCCCUUGGAUGAGGUCGCGAUGGGCGGUCCACAGAAUCGAGUGUAUUGGCCGCCUGGAAGGGAAGAUUGGCUGAGGCCAUUGAAAAGAGGUGCCAAAGUCCCAAAUAUAGUUGAAACAGAUUGA